AUGUAUUUAAAAAUAACACAAUUCCAAGAAGCUUAUGAGCGCAUUCUAAAGUUCUCAUCAUCUCAUUCCUCGUGUCAAUUGGUGAUUUUUGUUUCGUGUCUCAAUAUAGACGCGUUAUGUGCUAGCAAAAUGCUAUCGAAGCUCUUCAAAAAGCAGCUUAUUCAGCUGCAAUUGGUACCUGUUUUCGGGUACAGUGAGCUUCGAAGCCACUUUCAGAAGCUGGAUGAGAAUGUCAGCAGUGUUAUAUUCGUUGGAUGCGGCGGCAUGAUUGAUAUCGAAGCCUUCCUAGAGAUCAAUGAACAAGACUAUUGGGAGGAAACUAGCAGUGGGCAAAAACUCAAGAGAAACAUAUAUGUUUUAGAUACACACAGGCCUUGGAACUUGCAUAAUCUCUUUGGGUCGCAGAUUGUGACAUGCUUCGAUGACGGAACGGUAGAGGAGACAUUACAGUCACAAAAGGAGGCAUACAUCAAGCUCGUCGAGCUGGAGGAGCAAGGUGCCAACGAUGAAGAGGAAGUGAGCUCUGAUGAAGACGCGGAAGAAGAUCAAGAUGGAGACACUGAAGAAGAUGACGAGCAAGAUAGUGAUGGCAAUGGAGGUGAAACGGCUAAAAGACGAAACACCCAACACAACGCCAGAAGCCAAAGGAAACUUAGAAAGAAACUAGCAAACCAAUAUGAAGAAAUAUUAGAAGAAUACUACGCUCAGGGAACUUCGGUAUCAAACUCGAUUUCAGUCCAAGUUUACUCACUGCUAUCCUCUCAGGGCGAGACUAGUAUCCCGUAUCUGUGGCUGACGGUUUUGGGCGCAACAUCGCUGGAUACUAGCUACCCGCAAAUUUACAAUAGGCUGCAACCAAUUCUACAAGAUGAAGUCAGGCGCCUAUCCCCCAACGAAAGUUACAAAACACCCGACACAAUAUCACUAGAAAUCCAGCCCGAUUAUUAUCUGUUUCUGUUAAGGCACUCGUCGCUAUACGACAGCUUUUUCUAUUCUAAUUACGUGAACGCAAAACUGUCGCUAUGGAAUGAAAAUGGGAAGAAGAGGCUUCAUAAGAUAUUUGCGCGAAUGGGAAUACCCUUAUCCACCGCUCAAGAGAACUGGUUAUACAUGGACAAUAGAAUCAAAAAGGAAUUAGGGUCCAUCUUUGACAAAAACCUGGAAAGGUAUGGGCUCCAGGAUAUAGUGAGAGACGGGUUUGUGAGGACGUUUGGUUAUCGUGGGGCCGUUAGCGCUAGCGAGUUUGUUGAGGCCAUCACUGCGCUGUUAGAAGUAGGGCAGGUGACAAAUCCCGAUGAGAUCACAAAUAGGGGUAAUGCUAACGCCGACAACGACAGCGAUCAAAAUAUGAGGGAUGUGCUCACCCGUCGUGAAAGAAAGUGGGUCAGUAAUUUUUGGCUCAGCUGGGACGCUCUAGAUGACAAUAUUGAUCUUAUGCGCCGCGGUAUAAAGCAUGCACAGCAUUUACAACGCUGUGUGUUCAACACUGGUGUUGCAAUCUUGGAAAAAAAGAUGAUCAAGAACCUUCGAUUAUAUAGGCUUUGCGCUCUUCAGGACGGGCCUGAUCUUGAUUUGUACAGAAAUCCACUCACGCUACUACGGCUUGGGAAUUGGAUCAUUGAAUGCUGCGCGGAAGCUGAAGAUCGCCAGCUCUUGCCACUGGUACUCGCAAGCUUGGACGUUACGACGGAAACGUAUCUUGUCGCAGGAAUGGCUCCUCGCUACCCGCGUGGUAUGGACAAGCUAGAAGCAUACAAACCAAUAUUAAACAACUUCCACGCUGCAUUCCAAUAUAUCGCAGCGGAAACUGGUGCUAAAGUGCGGAUUGACAACUUCGAAAGCUCAAUCAUUGAAAUCAAGAAGGAGGACCUCUCGCCAUUCCUUGAAAAGUUGACACUUAGCGGCUUAUUGUGA